AUGGCUGACGAGGAGGUGAGCGCCAUUACUUGGAUUUUGAUCGCCUUGGCGGCCGAUCCAGCCGCAGCGCUCGCCGCGUCGCCACGGAAAGGCAAGGCGACGCGGCCAGCAGGCGGCGGCUUUGGUGCGGCUGCGUCCAAGCAGACCAGCCUUGACGCCGCUGCAAAGCGGCUGCUGAAGGAGGCCGGCGGCGACGUCGAUGUAGCGCAGGAAAAAAGCUUCCAGAAUGCGAUGCGAGCGCUCAGCCGCAGCGAGCCAGAGCUCUUCGAGGCGUGGCCGUCCCUGGACUCUGGCGCGCUCAUGGAGGCCAAGGGAGGGCUUCCGACCGGCGCGGCGCACGCCAAGCUGGUUGAGCUCUUUUGGGACGCCGUCGCCGCCUACAUCCCUGCCAGGCAGCGGUCGGUCGGCGAAUCCGGCAUGUCUGCGAAAGCGCGUCGCCCUGCCGUCCUCGACGUGGGCUGUGGCGACGGAGCCCUGCUGCCGCACCUUCUGCGAGCCGGCGCUGACGCGGGCCGCUACCUGGGGAUCGACCUCUCCGCUCGGAUGGUCGCGGCCGCCGCCGCCGCGCACCCAGCCGCGACAUUCAGACGCGCCGCCCGCGCCGACUUUCUGGAGCUCGACCCGUCGGGCGAGUACGACUGCUGCCUGCUCAAUGGCGCGCCACCGCAGCGCGCCACCGCAGCUCGCGCACCCCCACCCUCCCUUCAGCUCCCUUCGCCCCGGAGCGUGCUCCUCGAGUGGUGCCGCGCGUCGCAGUUCUUCGCUGACCAGAGCUGCCUCGUCGGCGCGGCUGCGGCGGCCGUCCGCUCGGGGGGGCGGGAGCACGGCCUGCAGGUGCUGCCGGCGGAGGAGUGCGCGCCGGGUAGGACGCCGCCGCACACGCUCGAGGGCCAUGACUUUUACCUCGUCGCCUUGCGGAAGAAGUAA